AUGAGUGACCUGACUGUUGAUUUUGAUUAUAUCGCUAACAACAUUCAAACAUACAUCGUUCAAGAGAAAUUCUUUGACAUUGUAGAUAAAGAUGACAUUCCACAAGUAUUAGAAAAAGUCAAACUUAAUACUCACGAUUUCAAUGCUCUUCUUUCUCAAGGUAAAUCAAAAUACAGUACAUCUGAACUAUUUUCUUUUAUUCGGAAAUGCGAUGUUUCCAUUAAUUCAUUCGAAGACGCGAUUAACGUUCUUAAAUGCUAUAAAAAGAACUUCAAACUCGAAUCUUCUCGUUCAUUAAUCAAUUACCUUAAGGAAAACAAAACAAAAAUUAAUUUAGAUUCAGAAGAAGUCACACAAUUAAAAUCUGAAAUUCAAACUCUCAAAUCAAAGAUAGCUACGAUGGAAAAUGAAAUCAAUCAAUACAAAAGUGAAAGACAACAAUACAAAGACGAAAUAUCUGCUCUUAAUAGCAAAAACAAUCAAUUAGUAACCCAAUUGGCAAAACAAUACGAUUUUCCGUUGAAUUCAAAUGAUUUUAAUGCAGUUUACAAUUUCCUUAAAGGACUUUCAGAUAAAGAUGAUAAACUGAAGAUGUCUAUUUCAUGUGCAGUUGGAUUAAGUGAAAAGAGAGAUUUAUAUGAAUGUACACCACUCAUUCAAGCAUGUAUGAUGGGUGAUUUUCAAUUUACAAAAUCUCUUAUUGAAGGAGGUUGUGAUAGAAAUGCAAUUAGUAAACUCGGAAACAAUUGUUUAGUUGUAGCAUCAUUAAAAUGA